UUUGUCCUCACUCCUUAGGAAGACAGACCUAUAAUUUCAUGGGAAAAUUCAUAGGGCAUAUAUACCCAGGGCUGUAUCUUUUCUCCUAUGGACUGUAUCAGGCCACAGUGGUCUUUAAGGCCAUGAUAGUCAAUGACUCUCUCCUCUGUCCUUCAUGCCCUCCCAGGCAUAAGGGAAUAUGGGCCAGGCUGUGGAUAAUAUCCUACGGAGGUUUGCUGAAGAUAGUGACUGGUUCCAUCUUAACAAUUUAUGUAGUCUUCUGUCUUGAUGAUGGGAUGGUGUUGAUGAACAAAAAGUACCCACCAAGAUUUCUGUACCCCAAAGAGUGGCAGCACCUCACUAUGUUCAUCCUCUUCACCCUCAAUGGCUGUGUAGAUGUCGUGAGCAAGAACUUGCUACCUCAGAGGUGUGUGGUCCUAGAGAAAGGUACCCUGGUCCUGACCUUCUACGUGCUCCUGCUGCUGUUGAUGUCACACGUCCAGGACUCAACCGGGAUAGAGCUUCAGAUUCAUUAUCUGCUCAUCGUGGUGGUGUUCCUGUUGAUGCUGGUGUUGACCAUAGAGCUGUGGACUCCUGACACAUUUCACCUCUUGCUGAUUGAGACUUUUCUGUUUCUGACGAUGGGCUCCUGGCUGAUACAGGGGGGCUUUAUUCUGUACAGACCAGUCACUGGCUACCCAUGGCAGGAUGAUGACAUCAGUGACAUCAUGUUUAUCACCACCUUCUUCUGUUGGCAUGUGAUGAUCAAUGCUUUGUGUCUGCUGGGAAUCUAUGGAAUCUCUUCCUUUUGGCAUCAUUGUUACUGUCCCAGCUUGAAGCUGAUGGAAUCCAAAGAAGCUCCACAUCACAAGGGCACUACAGGACCCCUCUACAAAUUGCUGCGGGAAGUGGAACAGUCAGAGAAAGAUGACCAGGCUCCUCUCCUUUCAAAGAGCUCUCCCUGAGACAGGGCCUAGAAUGCCUGGCACAUUGUCCACUCAUCUUCUCCCUUGUGUGUUCUCUCAGACACGUGCAAUGUACCCUUUUCGGUCCCCAGUGAAGGUAAUGGCCAUGAAGGAGAGCAGUUGGUCUCCAUCUGCUG